GACAGUAGUCGUGCGUUUUAAUGUAACUGGUUAAAUGUAAGACCGUGCUGGUUAACAAUUAAUUAAAUGUGACGUAACAAAUAGUAUCUUAAGUAAAAUCUUGAAAACGCGUAUCUAUUUCUCUGCAACCAUAAAUUUAAGAGGUGUUUGCUAGAUCAGUCAAAAGUUGAUGUUAUGUCAAUCAGUCAAUUGAAUGGCAUAAGGAACGUAUAGAACAAGGAGAACUGAUAAAGUGAUUAAAUAAUGGAAAUGUGAGGUAUUGGUAAACGAAAGAUGUUCAAUAAAAUGUUUUAUAUUUAAACAUCAUAUUAAGAACGAUUGGAGAUAGUGCAUUUCUGUCAUAAUUUGGAGAGAAUUAUGAUGGAUAAAGUUGUGUUUUCUUCAAAAUGGUGGGUGUUUGUUUUUGGGUUAACAUAAUAGUUCUGCUGAGUUUAUGUUUAGCUAAACCAAAAGACUGCCCCAAGUUAUGUUCAUGUCGGGGUUCAUAUGUCGAUUGUGGAUCCAAAAACUUCGAAAGCAUUCCACCUAACAUACCUACAUGGACGACACAUUUAAAACUACUAAACAAUUCAAUAAAGAAACUUAAUGAUGUCAACUGGAAACAUCUCUCAGAAUUGAAGGAACUGAUUUUAAAUAAAAAUCUCAUUGUAACUAUUCCAAAAGAUGUAUUCCAAUACCAAACACAGCUUAAGAUACUGGAAUUAAAUCGUAACCAAAUCCAAGUUAUAGAGGCUUUAAAUUUCAAGUGUUUAGGAAAUUUGAGUACAUUGAAAUUGAAAAGAAACCAUAUAAUGGAACUGAAAGAUGGAUCAUUUUAUGGACUAACCAAAAUUGACAAAUUAUUACUGGAUUUCAAUUCAUUAAAAAUUAUUUCUAAAAGCUGGUUAUAUGGAUUAGAAGCAUUGAGGGCAUUAUCCAUAAGUCAUAAUUUUAUUGAAAAAAUUGAACAAGAUUCAUGGGAAUUUUGUAAGACUUUGGAGAUACUUGAUUUGUCUUUUAAUAAUCUGACAUCUAUAGAAUCUGAGACUUUUAAAAAUCUUGGUAACCUCCAAAAACUUCUACUUAAUAACAAUCAAAUAGCUGUAAUUACAGACAAAGCAUUUAUUCAUUUGCCAAAAUUGAAAACUCUAAACCUAAGUAACAAUAAAAUAUUUUGGACCGUAGAAGAUGCUAAUGGAAUAUUUAAGGGGCUAAAUUCGUUAAUAAAAUUCAAUCUAGCGGGUAAUUAUAUUAAAUCAAUAAAUGCAGAUGCAUUUGUUGGUUUAAAAAAUGUUACAUACCUUGAUUUAUCUAACAACAAUAUAAGUUCCAUUCAGAAUAAUACAUUUGCCGAGCUACCACUUCUUAAGGAGUUGAUGUUAAAUACUACUAGCCUCUUCUGUGAUUGUACAUUGAAGUGGUUUAUGGAUUGGCUCAAUUUGAAGCAAAUGAAAGUUGAAGCCACUAUUUGUCUUUAUCCUGAUUGGUUGAGAGGACAGUCCCUACUAGAAGUCACUAGAAAUUUAACAUGUGAUGAGCUGCCAAAACCUCGUUUAAUAGAAGAGCCAGAAGUAGCUAUAAUGGCUUUAAAAGGAGAAAACAUAACCUUGAAAUGUAAAGCAGUGUCAAGUUCUUCAGGUGCAAUGACAUUUGUAUGGCGAAAAGAUAAUGUUGAAAUUUUCAAUCCAAAUAUUGAAGUUAAAUCUAGACUAUAUUCUGAUGGAAAAUCUACAGAGACAACAUCCCAUCUUAACCUAACCAACAUUGACCACAAUCAUGCUGGAAAGUAUCAAUGUGUUGUUUCUAAUAGUUUUGGUACUACCUACUCUCAAAAGUCUGCUAUAUCUGUAUUGGUAUACCCUACUUUCAAAAAAGUACCGAAAAAUGUGACAGUUCGAGCUGGAGAGACUGUGAAGUGGGAAUGUGGAGCAAAUGGAGAACCUCUGCCUGAAAUAGCAUGGCACAAAGAUGGUGGAAAUGAUUUUCCAGCUGCCAGGGAACGUAGAAUGCAGGUGAUGCCAUUGGAUGAUGUAUUUUUCAUUAUAAAUGCUAAACCUAUCGACAUGGGUACAUAUAGUUGUACAGCUCACAAUGCUGCAGGAAUUGUGUAUGCUAAUGCUACUUUAACAGUUGAAAUUAAACCAUCUUUCAUUAAGAAAAUGGUGGAUAAGGAAGUAUCUGCUGGUGAACAUGUUGUGCUACAAUGUCUUGCGGAAGGUAUUCCAAAACCUACUAUAACUUGGUUGAAGGAUGGAGAGUUAAUCAUUCCAACAGAAAGACAUUUUUUCAUUCAUGAAAACCAAAUGGUUAUUAUUGUCGACUCGGUUCAAACAGAUUCAGGAAAUUAUGAGUGUCGAUUGAAUAAUUCAAUAGGUGAAGAAAGUGGAAGAAGUAGGAUUGUUGUCAAACCAAAUACAACUGAAACAAGCAACAUGAUGGGAAUAAUCAUAAUAUCAGUGGUUUGUUGUGCUGUUCUAACUUCAAUUAUAUGGGUAGUAAUAAUCUACCAAACUCGACGCAAAAUAGCAGUAAUUCAAACAGAGAUGCAAGAACUUCCAGAAUUAGCAGAUAGAACAUGCACACUACAAUUGCAGCCUCAACAAUGUCCAGAUAAUAUUUCGGAUCAAUCAUCCUGUAAAGAUAGUGGUACAGGAGAUUCUGCAAAACGUAGCAGUGAUAAUUUGGCACCAGAAGAAUUUACUCUCGUUAGUAAGUCUGAAGUUGUAACAGAAGCAAAUACCUCAGAUAAAGAAGCUAAUAACUCCUAUUUGCCAUUACUACACUAUCCCACUAAUCACGACAGGAUUGUUACUACGGUUAAUCCACUAGCUUCUGUUUUGCCAGCAAAAGAUAUAGAAAGUUAAAGGCAUAAAUAAAGUAGGUCAGUAUAUAAAUUUCAAAGUUAGAUUAAAAUAUGUCAGUUAUGUUUUAUUACAUAAAAAUAUAAGAAAUUGAAAAAUAUUGUAUGUACUGGCUUAGUAAUUGUAUAAAAUGACAGAGGCAACAGUUAUGGGAGGUGACUAUAGUAUAUGUCUGAGUAAUGGGAUGAUGUGAUUUAUGAUUUAUUAGUUCAAAGAACUAGAAACUUGAGUAUUUACUCAUUUGUAUUAUGUAAUGAUGAAUAUUAAUUAUGUACCUAUAGUUCAAACUUGAACUGUAAUAAAUAUUAUUGAAA